AUGGCCGGGACUGAUGUUUCAGAGAGACCGAAUUGCAAGCUGAUACUUGUUGUCGACAAGGAGAAGAACAAGGUUGUCUGGGCCGAGGCUGGUAAGGAUUUUGUUCAUGUAGUCCGUAGUUUUAUGGCGCUGCCAAUGGGUACUAUUGUGAGAUUGCUGGAGAAAUAUGAGCCGAAUCAAAAGUCUCAAAUAGGCUGUUACAACAAUCUCUACAAAAGUGUCUCUGAUUUGCCCGUUGAUGAUUUCAUGAGGGAAGCUUGUAAGGGUAUGCUUUUGUACCCGGAGAAGCAAUGCAGACAGCUUCAUCUUAACAUAGAUGAUGAUACCGAGUGUGAUGAGAUAUUUGAUCUUAACAUUGAUGGUGAUAAAAGAUCUGUCAUCAUUACCGAAAAUAUGAAAGUGGAAUUCGCUUCUAUCGCUGUCGUCCUGGACACACUUCAUGGACUUGGUUAUGAAAAUCUUGACAAGCUUGAGAAUAUAUGUGUAGAUGUUGGUCACAAAGAGGUUCUAUCUCUGCUCCUUUGCUUGUUCUCGUCGGAAACUCCUUUGACUGAUGUCUUCUUGAACAAACAUAGCUCUUGUGGUAUGAUGACAAGAUUGCCUGACAUGCCUACUCUCACUUCCAUGCAAGGUAGAGGUGAAGCAGAACCAAAUGAAGUUGUUUCACUCACUGUAUUUGUUAGGAAGCGGGACAUGAAGGUUAUGUGUGCUGAAAGUGGACAUGAGUUCGUGGAUCUACUUUGCAUUUUCCUGGCUGUCCCUUUGGAGUCUGUGUGGGAAUUAUUAACUCCAAGCAGUGUCCAACUGGGAUGCCUUGGCAACUUUUGUACAAGCAUGAAGAGCUUGUUCUCUACGGGAGAUGUAGUUUCCACGUGUAUGCUUCCUCUGGAGUAUAGCUUCCAGAAAUCGUUGCUCGGUGACUCUUACGAAAUGAAUAAUUUCAGUGAUUUGGACUACGGAAGUUAUGAUGAUGGAAGUUCGGAUUCUGAAGAGAAACCUCAUGAUUUCAGUGGCUUUGUGAAGAGAUUGGCAGAUUACAUGAUCUUAGAUGAUCUUACCAUCAAAGCUGCUAACUCGUAUUCACCAACUGCCUUUCUGAUGGAGUUGGACGUGGGGUUUAAAGAGAUUAAGCCACAUGAAAUCAACAUUAGCAAAACACAGGUAUGUCAUUAA